ACAAAACGGAUCGGCGAUUUAAACUCAUCCUAACUAAUUCCUCUCUGCCCGACGCCAAAAGCCUGCUGCGAUUUUUGUUGUUGUGAUUUAUGUGAUUCGCUCUGCGGUGGGAUCUCAGAUCUCGGUUUUUGCUGCCGCGUCGGGAGGCCUUAAAGAGGUGCCGGGAAACUUGUUUCGGUAGACACUCCGGUUUCCUUGCGGCUGGAUCUCGGCGAUGUUGGAGCUCUCCCCGAGGUAUCAGUUGCAGUUAAACACAUAUGAAGGCCGAGUUUUGAGAAAAAGGUUCCUCUUAUGACUUUUGAGAAAAUGAAAGAAUGUUCUGAGGGAUCUUUUACUUACGAUGAAAGAAAAGAAACAAGGCCUGAUGUGGAGAACUACGAGGAUGAGCGCAGAAGAACAAGAAUUGCGUCUCUUAGGAAGAAAGCAUUGCAUGCUUCCACUAAAUUCUCUCAUUCUCUGAAGAAGCGAGGUAAGAGGAAAGUUGAUUUCAGGGUUCCUUCAUUUUCAAUUGAGGAUGUGAGAGAUGCUGAGGAGGAGCAAGCAGUUCAUGCAUUCCGGCAAGAACUCAUUGCCAAGGAACUAUUGCCUGAUAAACAUGAUGAUUAUCAUACGAUACUCAGAUUCCUCAAAGCUAGGAGGUUCGACUUUGAGAAAACAAUCCAAAUGUGGGCUGAGAUGCUUCGAUGGAGAGAAGAAUUUGGAACAGACUUGAUUCUGGAGGACUUUGAGUUUGAAGAGCUGGAGGAGGUUUUGCACUAUUAUCCUCAGGGUUACCAUGGAGUUGAUAAGGAGGGAAGGCCUGUGUACAUUGAGAGACUUGGGAAAGUUGAGCCCAAUAAGCUUAUGCACAUAACUACAAUAGAUCGCUACUUAAAAUAUCAUGUGCAAGAGUUUGAGAGAGCCCUGCAUGAGAAAUUUCCUGCAUGCUCUAUUGCUGCCAAAAGGCAUAUUGGUUCAGCGACAACAAUACUAGAUGUACAUGGUGUGGGCUUGAAGAAUUUCAGCAAGACAGCAAGGGAUCUCUUGCUUAACAUGCAUAAGAUAGAUGGCGACUACUAUCCCGAGACGCUACACCAAAUGUUCAUAGUUAAUGCUGGCCAUGGUUUUAAGCUUCUCUGGAAUACUGUAAAAGGAUUUCUUGAUCCCAAAACAACUUCAAAGAUACAUGUACUAGGCACAAGGUACCAGUGUAAACUUCUUGAAGCAAUCGACUCCAGCCAAUUGCCAGAAUUCCUAGGUGGUUCAUGUACUUGCUACGGUGAAGGAGGGUGCCUCAGAUCUAAUAAAGGACCAUGGAAUGACCCAGUUAUAAUGAAGAUUGUAAAUAGUGUUGGAGCAGCAUGUAUUAGGGAAAUCAGACAUGUAUCUGAUGGAGAACAGGCCAAUGCCUCUUAUCGUAUGCGACAUCAGUUAAAGAGAAGAAACAGCGAUACGUCAACUGCCGAAUCAGGAUCUGAUGCUGACGAUCUAGGUUCUCCUGUCAUAUUUAGCACUGCUGAAUAUACUCAUUUAGCCCCAGUUAAUGAAGAAGUUAGAGCUGCAGAUUCAACAGGUUACUACUUCAGCCGUGAUGAACAUUUGGUGUCAGUUUUUAAGCCUGUAGAAUCUGGUGGAAAAGGAGCAGGAUCUGCUUUGAAGUCAUCCACUGAAAUAAAAGAUGAUGGCUGUGCUUUUGCCACUGGAACAUCAAAUUCCCUAGGUGGCUUGUCAACUGAUAGACACAAUACUAUCAAGGAUGAUGCCGAAGAAGGAAAACUACAAUAUAUUUCUAGAGCAUUGAUGAAGCUGUUGGUAAAAGUGUUAUCCUUCCUUCGAAUUUUUCGAAGGAGACCAGAAAGGAGAUUGGAGAAUGUUCAUCCAUCAGAUGUGUCGAGCCUGAUACCUGAUAACCAUACAGUGAGUGAAGCUGUCAAGGAAGAUAAAGUCACUCCUUACAUAGAACGCCUCGAGAAGCUUGAGUUGAUAUUGAAUGAACUUAGCCGCAAACCUGCAGAGAUUCCACAAGAGAAAGAACAUGCAAUCCUGGAUUCAAUGAACAGGAUAAAAAAUGUUGAGUUUGAUCUUCACAAGACAAAUAAAGUACUGCAAUCAACUGUGAUGAAGCAAUUGGAGAUCGAAGCAACUUUAGAAUCUCUAAAUGACACCAGUGUUAGGAGAAGAAAAUUUUGUUGAUACCUUGUGACACAGUAACUUUACACUUCUGAUGUUCUGAUUGAAACCAAAAGGACAUAAUUCCUUCCAUACAUCUUUUUUGUUUUUUUCUCGAGAAGAAAGAGUAAAAGAAGGGGAAGGAAUGAUGAUCGAACUGCACAGAACUCUUAUGAGCUGAUUGUUUGGCAUGCCAAGCCAGACACUAGAGGGUCCAGUAAAAGAAGCAAAAAGAACAAGCAAAGAGCAAAAUUCAUAGAUAAUACAUGUGUCAUUUCCCGUUUACUGUUUUCUUUUCUUCUUUUUUCUUCUUUAUCUUGAGCUUGUCCACCAGUUCUGUUUGUUGGAUGCAGUAACGGAAUUUAUAUGUAACGCUGCAGUUUGAUGCUUGAUCCUGGCUCAGUUACUGCCCGGUGGAGUUCCAUUGUCUUCAUCCAACCAUUCCAUCAUCAGCAUCGUCAAACUAUAUGAUGACAAGUCUUACCAACUGGCGCAUUGCUUGAAGAACGAGUUUGGAUUAUGGUAUACUGACGAGGGAUCGACGCCUAAAGGUUUUCUCUGACUACUAUCUAUUAGACCUAAAGUUACUACAGUAUUCACUAUUCAUUUGAAUUGUGUCCUUGGCGGCACAACUAGACUUAUCUGGUGUAAAAGCAUUGCACAAAAUGUCAAGCUCUGCUCUCUCACAGGAGCACAUAAAAAGGCUCUGCUCAUGUCUAAGAUAUGUGGAUCAUUGAAAGCUAAAUUACUACAUGUAGCAGUGAAGGCAACAGCUACUUUUUCUCGA